AUGGAAAAGAGAAACAUAUUUGUGGUUUACUUUUUCAUCCUUAUGGCAACUUGUCUAGAUAACUUAAACAGUGCAACAGCCUUUACUUUGCAGGGUAACAUACAACAAGCCUUUAACACAGAUUCUUCGACCGCCAGUUGGGUGUUGUCCGGAUAUGCUCUUACGCUUGGCUCCUUUAUCAUGGUAAGUGGUAAGAUUUCCGACAUCAUUGGCCCACACAACCUUUAUCUCGGAGGGUUAUCGGUCAUCUGGAUAUGUGCUCUCAUCUGUGCAUGCAUCCCACACUCAUCCAUCAUCACGCUAAUUGUUUUCAGGGCAAUCCAAGGUGUUGGUGCUUCUGCCUUAGUUCCAUCGACACUUGCUCUUGCGGCAAACUAUUUUAGUGGCCCCUAUGCCAAAUAUCUUCCAGGUGCUGUGGUCGGAUUCAUUCUUGCAUUGACUGGCAUUUUUGGUGUUGCACUUGUCUUAGGAGGGGCAUUUUCCGAGACCGCAAUUGGAUAUAAAAGUUACUUUUACUUUGUGUUUGCAUAUGGGUUGGUGAUGAACAUAAUAUUGCUCUUUUUAAUCAUUCCGAUUGAAGAGACAGAAGAGCAUAAGAAGAUGAAGCUGAAAAAUGUUGAUUUCAUUGGAUCUGCCUUGACCAUCAUUGGUAUUCUCUUGAUGAUUUUGGGACUGACCGAAGGUGGUGAUGACUGGAAGAGGCCAAGAGCCUACGUGCCCUUGGUUGUGGGGUUUUUCACAUUUGUUUCCUCAUUUAUCUUUGAAAUGUUUUAUUUGAAAAGAUUCCAGGAGAAGAAUCAACACAGAGACAAGUCAGAAGACUGGAGACUUCAAAUAGAUUUGAUAUUCCCACCUGAAAUCAUUCACAUUCCAAAUUUCCUUCCUAUUUUAAUAGCAUGUGGUAUGUACUUUGCAACGUUUACCAUGAUCACCGCAAUUGGGGUGCUAUACUAUAGCUCCAUAGAUGGUGACUCCCCAAUAAUUGUUGCUCUCAAAGUUGCUGCUAUAUCAGCUGGUGUUAUUUUUGGUGCUACCACCUACAGACAAUCUUACUACGGCAAAAUUGGUGUUCGGAAUAUGUUUAUUAUAUCAGCAGCAGUUUCCCUUGGAACAUGCAUAUGGUUUUCCAGAACGAACUUCCACAGCCAUAAGUCUUAUUGGAAGUUUGGUUUUGUGUCAUUGUUCCUUUAUGGCUACGCGUUGAACGUUUUCUUCAAUAUUUACAUCGGGGUUGUUGUGUCGAACACUCCACUCCAUCUUCAGGGUGUUGUUAAUGGUGUCUACCAGACGUGCUCACAAGUGUGUUUGAGUGUCGGUAAUGCAUUGGUCCCAUCGAUUGUUGGAAAUGUUGUGCCUGCCACGUCGGAAGAAAUGAAACAGCAUCUUCAUAACAAGUUUCAGAACAUAUUUUAUGUAUUAAUGGGCUUCCAUGUUGUGAUUUUGAUAAUGAUGGUUCUUUUUGUGCGUGCUCCUAAAAAGUCAGAGGAGUCAGAGACGGCAGAAGCUACUGCCGAAGAAAAACCUGUUGAUGUAGAAAUGGGCUGUGAUGGUACUUGUUCGGAGAAGGAAGAAGAAGGAAGUUGUACUAAUAUAUCUCUUCACGGUGACAUUUCAACUAGCAGCUAA